AGGAGGCGGAGAACGCCUGGACGCUAGAAAUAAAAGUGAGGGAAGAGUUCUACCUCACUCUGCUCCUCACUCAGCGCCGCUAACGGUUCUACUACACUCAUGUCUGUACCGGAGGAUAGUUCGGUACGGGACGGGACAGCAUGUUUACAUGUUGUUUAGCUUCUUCAACCGUUAUCCCCCCUCUGCAAAGCUACGGACUAUUAAAACAGAGUGAAGUGUCGCACUUAUAAUUGUUUAUAAUGGCUGCCGACUGCACUCAAGAGGCGAUUCUGGCGUUUCUGAAGGAGAGAGGGGGCAAAGUGAAAAACACGGAUUUAAUUGAGCACUUUAAGGCGGUGUUCCCGGAGCAGCCGGAGAAGAAGGCGGCUGCCCGUAACAGAUUUAAGAACUACGUGGACAACGUCGCUUUCGUGAAGACCGAGAGUGGAGUUAAACAUGUCUGCCUGAAGAAGAAGUUUCGCGGUUCGGUGAAGGAGAACCCGCGCGGGACAGAACCAGCGGAGCUCGUGAGCGGUGACCCCGCAGCUGCAGCUGCGCCUCGCGGAGGACACCGCUCCCAGGUCGGUGAUGACGCAGCAGCGGCAGACCCAGCCCAGCGUCGCGCCGCGGGCGGUGAGCUCCUUCCACCUGGCUCGGGUUACGGAAAUGACAGCCAGGUAAGAGUUCCGCCUGAUUUCCCGACUAUAACCGUGUUAGCGGAAAAAACAGACGACGGGAGCGAGCGUCGCGAGUCUGUUUGUGUGGCGCGGGAAGUGGACAGGGGCUCAGGUGAGAUGGGGAACAGAGGAAGCUUGAGGAGGGAGUCCAGGAAGGAGCAGGCUGUGAAGCCGCCUGACAUACCACAGAUUGCAGUGAUUGAAGCCUCACCUCUCCCCGCUGAGGACUCCAUGUUCACCCUGCCCGGGCCUGUACAGACUGCUGCUGCUACAGGACAGGUAGACACUUCUACCGCUCCAAGAGACACACAAGUCGAGACAGAGUCUCUUCCACUCGGAGGCUUGACGGAGGCAGAGCAGAUUAACGUGUUGAUCAGGCGGCGGAGUUCGAAAGGAUCCCAGCACAGGAGAAGCAGGAGGCCUCAGGUGGACGAAGGUGAGGAUGAAAGCCAGGUGGAGACGCAGAGUCUGUCCGGGAGCGAAAGCUCCCCCAAAGGCAGCCGCAGACACUUCAUCGAGGUCAUGCUGAACAACUCCCCCCAGCUGAGGCGCAGCUUGGUGCUACGCAACUCGGUGUCCCUGUCCUUCAAGAGCGACAGUGACUCCCUGUCUUUGGUCUCCAACAUGGACGACGACAGAGACCCCAUCACCCUGGACCCGUUGGAGCACGAGUGGAUGAUGUGUGCUUCGGAUGGGGAGUGGAGUAGCUUGUGCAACCUCCUCAGCACAGACCCAACCCUCGUCCUGAGGAAGGACUUCAUCACCGGCUUCACCUGUCUGCACUGGGCGGCCAAGCAGGACAAGCCCGAGCUGAUGCCGCUGAUCAUCAACUUUGCCAAGCAGCACAAUGUUCCCAUCAGCGUGGAUACUCGCUCCAACACCGGCUACACACCGCUGCACAUAGCCGCCAUGCACAACCACAUGGAGGUGGUGAAGCUCCUGGUGGGGGCCUACAACGCAGAUGUAGAGAUCAGGGACUACAGCGGGAAGAAGGCCUGCCAGUACCUCACCGACAACGUGAGCAUGGACAUGCGAGACAUCAUAGGGGCGUACGAGCGCUCUGAGUCCGAGAAAGCAGACCGUCGGGAUCGAGGCUCCUGGAGGUUCUCCAAGGUUCUCCAGUCCAACCCGAAGCCUCGCAGGCUCCUCAACCCCAACGACUGCGACUCUGUGGACGGGGAGGCUCAACUCCGAGAGCCACUCGUCAGGAGGAAGUCCUCGUUCAGCAGGAUGAAGCCCAAACUGCAGAGGCUCCGGAAGAGGACGUCGCAGAUCGUCCACAGUGUGACGUUCCACGACGCGGAGGAGGUGGAGGGGUCAACGAAGGGUUCCUUUAAGUCCAGACCAAAGACACAUUUCUUUGGGUGAGAUCAAAAGUUCCACAGGACAGGGAACUGUUUACAGGGACAUCAGCUGAAACACAGGACUGGGCUUUAGUGUUUUAAUGAGUGCAGGUGGAAGUUAAUACUUUAUGUUUAUAUUAAGCAGCUCAAGAUUUUUUACAGGGUGGAAGACUUAGAAUAUUCUCUUUAGUCAAAUACUUAGAUUUUAAUUUAUGUCUGACAGCAUCAUCUAAUAAAUAUCGAUAACAUAAAUGGAGCCUGACACAGAUUGGAUGUUUUGGGCUGAUAAUGAUAUUAUAGAGUUAAAAGCUGAUUUUUUUUAUGUUCCCUCAAACAUGUAUAUAUAAUGUAGAUAUUUAACAUUUUACCAAAUGAUUGCUGCACUGAAGCAGUAAACGUCACUGGGGAUUUAAUAAUUAGAAAUAACUCUACAUGAAAACUAAUAGAACAUAAUGAAUAGAUCAGGGUCAGACAGGCUGUAGAUGAAGAACAAAGAGCAUUACAUUUAAUAUUUAUUUGAACAGGAAACUGGUUCAGACUUCCAGCUCUAAGCACAUCAAAUCUUUAUUAACACCUCACAGAUAUCUGGUUUCAUUUUUUUUUUUUUUAGGUAUUUCAGUCGUUUCCUAAAACAGCUGCUCACUGAACGUUUAACAAAUGUUACUCAAACAGGAGGAGUUGGUCAUUUUUAGGGACUAGUUUAAGCGGUGGAUGCAUCUACAUCUGGCGCUGUAGUGAGUAUGAUUGAAUUAAACGUGCACAGAGAUAGUGAGUCAAUAGAAAUAUAGAAUAUUAGCCACACAUUCUGACCCUCACUGUUGUGUUAAAGUAUGUCUCAGUGUGAACAGAUAACCUAGAUGAGAUGUUCAUCUGUGCUGCAGUGUACUGUAACAUGGUGACAUUGAGCUGACUUCAGGUCAGCCUGCCUCUCUUCACCCACACACAGCUCACACUAAACCCUCUUGACCUCUCUCGAGCCUCUAAUCUGGACCACAGCAGGCAGACCUCUGUACUGUGAGGGCCGAGAAGCUCUGCUCUCUGGUAGCUUUUUAUACUUUAAAACCAGAAUCUGGUGAGUCAUGUGACCGACAUUUGAGGGUGAAAUAAACUACCAGACCUCUACUGGAAAGACUGAAGCCAUCUGGAGAGAGUUAAAUCUGAAAAAAGGGAUACAUCAGCACAGCACUGGAGUUUACAAAUGUUGUCGAGCUGUGUUAAAGUUCUUAACCAGAGGCCUGCAGAGAUGAAGAGAACCUUUAGAGAACGCUCAGUCAACAGUAGAUUUCCAUGAUGUCACAUGAUGGUUUGUCAGUGAUGCACAGAAAGGACAUUUCAAAGCAGAUCAUCUGUUUUUAAAAUCCAUCCAGUGUUUCCACGAGUCCGAUCCAGCACUAUUAUUAUGUAAGACCACGAGUCUAAACCUCUAUGCACUAUUUUCAGUGAGAGUCAUAUCCUGUAACUUCAGCAGCACACUUUAAAGGGCUAAUUCAUGUUCUCCGUUUAACUUUAAGGUUCCAGCAGUGUUUAUUUCCAUUGUGCCUGUUCACACGGGCAUGAAUUCAUAAAACUGAUCACACGCAGAGGUGAAACUCAAACUUGCAGGUUUGUGGUGCAGUUGGUCGAGGUUGAUGUCAGUUCAUGUGAACCAGAUUUGCCAAACGUAGAAAAGGUUUUUACUUACAUAGAUGUUUGGAAUCAUCAAACUACAAAAAGUCAAUCAGUUACCUCAUAAAAGUGUCUAAUUAUAAAAGUGAACAUUUUUUUUUUUGAACAGUCUGCUGCAUCUCGCUGUACAUUAACAAAGACUGUGUGACAUCUGCACAGAACACUUUUAAAGAGCUCGAACAAUAUAUAUUUUCUGUGUGUAAUGUUUUUAUACUCUGGUAAAAUAAAUAAUGCUAAUUACACUGU